ACUGUGCGCCGGCCGCCUGCCCCGCCGGUCCGCCCCCGGGAACGAUCGACACAGUCGACCGCGCGCGCGACCGUUAUCCAACCGACCGAAUUUCAAAUUCAAAAUCAUCAACGACCGUCGAGCAGCAGCCGCCGUCUCGCCGUCCCAGUCCGCGCGAAAACCGAACAACUCACAUUUUUUUUUUUGUUCUUUUGAAAUAAAUAUUUUCAAACCGAAGUUUUUUGCUGCUGUCGCCGCCGCCGUCCAUCCACCGGCACACGAAACACAUUAACGCGCGGACUUCGUCGUCGUCACCGGGGCGCAGGUAAGCAGCACAAAACAACCAAGCACACAGACUUUCGGCCAUGGUGUUGUCGGACGUCAACGGAAACGGUAAGAAGUCGGCGGCCGAACGAUGGCUGAGACAGCGCAACGGACAGCGGGCGUCGGCUGUCCGGUGCAUAUUCGGGCCGCCCGAGAAGCGGGCCCAUCUCAUGGUGAUCAUGCGCAACGAGGCGGAAAUGGAACGGAAGCGGAUCGAGUUCGCGGCCCGGUACGAGCCGGUGGGCAUGUCGCCGAGCGAGCGGCGCAACUUCUUCGCGGGACUGAUCAAAUCGCCGCCGACGUCGUCGCAUCACCAUUACAACAACGAACAUAGUACAAAAAAUUUGAAAGCCGAUAAUCGCAACUACUACUACCAACAGCAACAACAACAGCAGCAGCAGCAGCACCAUCAUCACUAUUACCAGCAAAAGAACAAUAGUUUCAAUCAACCACCCGACGACGAAAGAAAUUGACUACGAAAUUGACCAACUAUGUACGGGACGGGGGACGUAUUAUAAAUCGUAAUCGAUAUUAUAAUAUAUUGUGUAGCAUUGUACCUAAAUUGCAACGAUCUCUAGCCCCCCAACUCGUACAACUUUACAGAAAAGACCAUUUGUUCGUUUUCUUCUACGUCUGUCUACGUUAUGAAUCGUCUUAUUUGUUACACGAAAUCCGCGCAUAAUUAAGGUUUUUGGGUGUAUAAUCGGGUUAUUAAUUUUUUAUUUCAUUUUCGUUCCGUUCAAAGUUUUUGUGGCGUAUGGUCGUUUCGCAUUUGCCAACGACCACUUUGUACCUUUUAUAUUUUACUACCUAUAAUAAUAUUAUUUAAACUUAUUAAAACAUGACGCUUACUACGGGUUCACAACGUAAUUUAUUGUAACAAUACACAUAUUAUUUUUAUUUUUAUCAUAUAAUAUUAUUUACGUAUUGUUGUUAAAGUUUUACACCAACACUAUUAAACAUAUUGUGAUGCUUGAGUUUGCAUGUAAAUAAAAUAUUAUGUUAUAUUAAUGCGAGAUUAAGAAAAAAA